CACAGUCACUGCUCCCUCUGCCUGAUAAAGAUGGGACAGCUAUAAAAGUAGGAGGCAGCUCUUCUUUUUCUGCAAGUUAAGUGUGACUCCUGAUCUAGAAAGCCACAAAAAUGAAGUCUGCCUUUUCCUUGCUUGUACUUUUUUGUUUCCUGCAAGUCAGAGCUGGAGACCCAGAACAAGAACAUAAUAAAACAGAGAAUUCUGCAUGCCCUAUCAGGCUCAAACCAAAUGGACAGUGUGGGGAUAAUGAGGAAUGUCCUUAUCAAGUGACCCUACCUCCGUUGACUCUACAGCUACCAAAGCAAUUCAAAAUGCUUGAACGGGUUAUGAAAGAUUUACAGAAUCUUAAAGAAGAUUUGAGCAAUCUGAAACGUUCAUGUUUGGAGUGCAAACAGCAAGCCGACGAGAGUCAGCCCAGGAACGCUGAUGAAGCUCCAACAGCUGAAGAUGAAACUGGAAAUGACUUAAAAGAGAUCCAAAGCAAACUUAAAAAAAUGUCUAUCAGUCUCAAGAAUACAAAAAAUCAGAUUAAUAUUUUGCAGUCUUCAUCCCAGGAAAUGAAUGAGAAAAAAGUUGAAGAAAUAGUUAAUAAUGUGUUACAAAACAAGCUGGAGAAUUGUCCUCAUGACUGUCCCUUUAUGUCUGCACUGAAAGAUAUAAGAGUAUUCUACACUGAUUGCUCCGACCGUUACAGCAACCAAGAAGUAAAGAACGGCAUUUACCUGGUAACUCCCGACAGACACAACUCCUCGUUUAAUGCUUCCUGCGACAUGGAGUCCUUCGGUGGCGGCUGGACCGUAAUACAGCGGCGUGUCAACGGCGAUGUCAGCUUCAAUCGCACUUGGAAAGAAUACAAGGAUGGCUUUGGAGACCUCCGCGGGGAUUUCUGGCUCGGCAACGACAAGAUUCAUCUUCUCACCAAGGCCAAAGACAUGGUACUUCGAAUUGAGAUGGAGGACUUGGAUGGCGUGCGUGAGUAUGCCAAGUAUGCCCAAUUUUACGUUUCAAAUGAGUAUCUCAAGUACCGCUUGUCAGUGAGCAGUUAUUCGGGCACAGCCGGUGAUUCUCUUCAUUUCAGCAAGCAUUACAAUCACGAUCAGAAAUUCUUUAGCACUCCCGACAAGGACAAUGACAUGUAUCCGUCUGGCAACUGCGGCAGUUAUUACAGUUCAGGCUGGUGGUUCGACGCCUGCAUGGCUUCCAAUUUAAAUGGCAUCUACUAUAACAAAAAAUACAAAGGGGUGCGCAAUGGAAUUUUCUGGGGCACGUGGCAUAACAUCUCAGACGGACAACCAAAUGGUUACAAACAGGCUUUCAAAAGUGUAAUAAUGAUGAUUCGACCUAAAAACUUCAACCCCUAAAAUUAAGCAAAAGUAAAUAAAAAUUAUGAGAAAUACUGUAGAAAUGCUUUACUGGUCAAUCUGUUGCAGUUACCUUCUUGCUUUGGUAAAAUAUUUUCUCAGCUUGAAGAGAAAUGCUAACUACAUGCCAAAAGAAAAAAAGAAUACGUCUUUGAACUGGGUACUCGUUUAUAACGAUGUUCAUAAUGACGUACUGCAGUAUUAAACUGGGUAUGUGUGAUAGCGAUGCUUAGCAGUCUUUAAUGCAUUUACUGGUGUGAUAUACUAAUUCUAAAAGUGUGCCAGAAUAUCAAACAGCAGAUGAACGCCCAACAUGUGUUUUCAUUUCCCGUUGCAUUCUUGCAAUGUGUUUUAAAUUGUAUUCCAAAAAUCUGCUUCUUCCCAUCUACAGUAUAUUAAAUGUUAAAACACAUGCGCUGUACUGUGCAUGAAUUGGCAGUGUAGCCAUUUGGCUUAGAUGAUGGUCAUUUAACUUCAAGCAUCCACCUCUGACAUGCAGUUUGACCCUAAAAUAGUUAAUAGUGGUGUAAGUGAAAGAAAUGCCUAUGUCAACAGUUGCACUGUGACCUGUAAAGUGACUUGGGGUGGUGCAGACUGAAAAGGCAAGUCUUUGCCUUUGUCACCUCAAAAUUCCAUCCUGUACUUGUGUCCAUUCACAAAUGCGCACUCCUUGUAACAUCAGCUUUUUUGACACAUUGUAAAUCUGUUCUAACCCUAACUGCACCAUGCACUUGUGAUUAAGAAGUUACUUUGGAUAAAAACAUCAGCUUUGUAAGUCUUCUGCCUUCAGUACCCAUCCAUCUUGCUUUAUCUGUUGUGAGGGAUUAAAAUUGUUGUACAUUUUCAUUGAUUAGACUUUGUAAUGUAACAUCAAGGUAUAUUCAUGCCCAUUUUUAGUAUUUAGAAGAGGUAGAGAGCUAAUAUCUGGCUUAGGAGCACAGCACACUCAAACACAAUCACACAUAAGUAUACACCAUAACCAAACGUCUGUGAAACAAUCCAUAUGGACCAGGGAGAACUUUGUAACUUUUAAAGAAAGCACUCCAGCUGAACUGUGGGCAAGUGCUGAAAGACAGCACAGUAAUGAAAUUAAAUUGUUACAGUAAAAAUAAAGACUACUAUAUGUAAACAGACUUAUACAUCUAUGUCUACUGUAAGUUAAAUGUCUUUCUGUGUAUAUGUCAUAUACAAUGCAUACUAAAACCAAGAUGUAAAUACUAAUGAAAGAAAAAUUAGUUUUUGCUGUUUGCUACAAUCUUGUCCAAUUCACCUUUACCCUGUUAAUAAAGUAACAGAUACAAAGGAAAUUAGGUGUGUGACAUCCUGACUGCUUUAACCACUGUUUUUUAGAUUUUGAAAGUUAUGCAAUUGUUACACUUCAGGUUAAAUUGCAGAUAAAGGAAGACUCCACCUAAAUCAUUUCAUUGGGGCACAAUUCUCAGAAUUAAAGUGCAUAAAAACAAAACAUACAGUAACCACAUACCCUAACCUACUUGUAUCUUCAUAAAUUUAUAAUACAGGCAUUAUAAUUAAUGAAAACCUUUUAAAGCAUUUUUAAAUGUAAACCUAUCAUUAUGUGUUUCAUUUUUGCAUUAUUUUGUAAGAACAAAAUGAAACUUUGGUCUAGUGUGGGUUGAGUUAAAAAUGAAUGUUUUUUCAUGAUUUAAGUCAGAAGUGUACAGUAUUUAUUGUGAAUGAUGGGCAAGGAGAGAAAGCUUAAUAUAUACCAAACACAGUGUAUUAUUUAGAUAAUGAGAUGGCUGUCAUUUGACUUGUUGUCUCCUAGUAAAUGCAAAUACAAAAUUGUCCCUAAAAGUCUACUAUUUUGUAUGACUACUGCCUUUGUUUAAAUGUUUCCAUUUUCCUUUAGAAAACAUUUUUGAUUGGUACAGUAUUAAAUAGACAAUUAACAAUAAUGGGAUUUUUUUCAAGUCUUAUUGUUUGCAAUGUGUACUCAAUUCUGUAUUAAUAUUUUGCUUUAUGAUCUCAGGUAGACCAAAAAAAAUUUUUUGAAGUUUUUUUAAACAUCAUAUUUGGUCACUUAUAGUUUUUCAAAUGCUAUGAAAUAUAAAAAAGAAAAGAAAGCAUGGGAAAAAGCUUUUUUGCUAUUAUCAUGUGCUUAAUUAAGUUUGGUUCUAGAAAAAAAAGACUAUUUUUAUCGGUUACAAUAAAUGUUUUUACAAAAAAAAAGUGUAUAAAUAAAUAUUAAAAUUUGUUUCUAA